AUGUCACUGAUGGAACACAUGAUCGCGCACAUGCAACACCGCCGCGUGCCAACAUUCCCCCCGCUCCCCCCACAACAUCAACCGACCUACGCCCAAGCCAAUACUCACUUCACACACGGCCAAUUCGCAACUUCAUCGGCUACUUUACUAUCGAUCCCAAGCGAACAUAAUAACCACCCGUCAUACGUCAUCCUGCGGGUCCGUAUUCUUCUCGCGCAGGGUUAUUACCAUAAUGCUAUCCGAGUAUUAUAUGAAAACGUGGAGGUUAUCGAUGAGAAGGAGGCGGAGUUGAAUAGUAUUGGUACCAAUGGCAGUGCUAAGGUGGGGAGAGGUGGGAAGAGCGGAGGGGAGAAAGAGAGGUUGGAGGCGGGGGAGGAGAUGAUGAGGGAUACGUGGAAGUUAUGGAUUAGACUGUUGUAUUGGGAUGAAGAUGGUAUGUCGGAGUCACGACGGAAGGAAGGAACUGCGGAGGCUAUGAGGGCAUGGAAGAAUUGGUGUGAAUGGACGCAGAUGGAGAGUUAUUCCGAGGUGCAUUCCCUCCUUUACGAACUCAUCCACCACAUAACAUCCACAACUGGCAAUGUCGCCACCCGAGAAUGGAUCGCAAAUACCGACUCUCUAAUUGCCUCCCAUAUGGAUGCCCAAUCCUUCACCUCCACCCUCGCCAUCCUCCAAGUCCGCAAUAAAGUCCUGGACCCCAAAGAUCCCACAUUCACAAAUAUAAUGCUCGAGUACUUCCCUCACCUCGCCGCCCACCCAGAGAUAAAGCUCGUGGAAGCAAGAACACGGUUGAUACUAUUCGAUAUCUACAUAUCAAACGGCCACACGGACCUUGCGAUCGAGAAGCUUUCAGAAAUAGAAGAAUGUCUAAGAUCAGACGGGGAAAUGCACCCAGGGGAAGAAGGCAGAGGAGUUGAUCUCCGUUGGCUCGUUCGUUUUCAUAAAAUUUGCUUGCCGUCUGUCCAUAAAUCGCAUAAGAUGAGCGACUCGGAUAAGUUAGCAAAGCUUUCAGCUUUAGCCCACGAAGCCGUAAACCGCGAUAUCCCACGGUUUCAACUAAAGGCUCUCCAACAGCUUGCUAUUAUUUUUCUCAGAAAUAGGGAUUUUACGAGUUUUGUACCACCCGAAACGGAAUUCGUGGUGAAAGGACAGAAGUAUGGACAACCGGCGAGGAUGUGGAGAAGGCAUUUGAAACAGCUGUUUGAGAACUUUCCGGCGCCGGAACAUUCUCAAGCAGAGGAGUUCUUGGAUAGUUUCAUACGAAUUAUGGAGAGUGUAGAAUGGGGGAGGGAUUCUGAAAAGAGUGGUGGAGGGGGAGGUGUGAUCGGGUCCGGGUUGGGUUUGGUAGUGUGGACGGGCGUGGCGGAGAUGACUGUGGGAAUUGAGGAGUUCUGGAAGAGCAAGGCCAAACGGCUGGUGGAAAAGAUCAAAGCCGAAGAGGGGACCACGGGAUCGAAAGUGGAAAAAGACGGACUCAGCAAAGGACUUAGGAGGCUCUGGGAUGAAAACUAA